AUGAAAGUAUACGAGCCAGAAGAAAACCUUGAACUACCCAGCCUAGAUAUUUUGACAUUCUUGUUUGACUGGUGCGCCAGAGCAAAGGAAGAUACACAACUCCAUGUCGAUGCAGCAAACCCAUCCAACAGUGUCAUCAAGGCCGAAGCCCGAGGCAUCUCCAAACGCACAGCACAUGUGCUUCGACAUGACUACGGCAUUGGAUCCUCAGGUUCUGGGGAGGACGUUGUUCUAUGCACCAGCUCUGGUAGUCCAUUCCUUCCCGUGUUGUUCUACUCCGUGGUCAAUGCAGGUGGGAUUUUCUCGGGAGCAUCGACCGCCUUCACUGUCGGAGAGCUGGCAAGACAGAUCAAAGAUUCGGAUGCAAAGCUGCUCUUCUGCUCGGAAGAGUUCGAACAGAACACGAUUGAGGCAGCGAGACAAUGCGGCAUCCCUCAGAAUCGCAUUCUGAUCAUCGAUUCGAAGACACCAAAGCGCUGGAAUCUGAUCCAGUCCUCCAACCGGAAACCUGCUCUUGACCUUCAAGCAGGCCCAAUGCUGGACCGGUGCCACAUCAACAAUCGGGAGGAGCAAGACAGAACUACGGCAUGCAUCAUCUAUUCCUCGGGCACGACGGGGCUGCCAAAGGGAGUUCGGAUAUCGCAUCUCAACCUCGUAGCCUGCAACGUUUGCUGCAUGAACGUUAGCAAGAGGUACUUAGAUCGCAUUGCACGGGAGAGACCCAACGAGCCAUUUCACUUCAGCACUAUCGCUCAUCUUCCGAUGGCCCACGUUGCUGGCAUCGCGUGGUAUACCCUGAACCCAUUCUACAUGGGCGGUACAACUUACUGGAUGCGAAAGUACGACUUUGACAGCUUCAUAGAGUAUCAGAAGAGAUACAGGAUUACGGUCCAGUUCAGCGUACCUCCAAUUUGGCUUUCUGUUGCGAAGUCGCCUAAUGUGACCGACCACUUCGACUCGCUGAAAGUAGCAGCAACAGGUGCUGCUCCGAUGGGUUUGGAGCUGGGAAAGGAAGUAAGCAGAAAGCUUGGACGAAGCCGGACGAUAAUAUCACAAUUUUGGGGUACAAGCGAAACGACUGGUAGCAUCACGGGUUUGGACUGGGAUGUCUCCGACACGACGUUCAGCGUUGGCGCUGCCUUCCCGAAUACUAGGUUGAGAUUUCUUGAUGAGCAAGACCGGGACGUGCAAGCCGGGCAGCCAGGUGAGGUCCUCGUUGGGGGACCCAUUGUCUGCCAGGGCUACCACAACCGACCGGACGCCAAUCGCGACUCUUUCGUGGAUGGCUUUUACAGGACCGGCGACAUUGGUGUCUCCAAGAACGGACUCGUAUAUAUCGUCGAUCGCAAGAAGGAGCUCAUCAAGUACAAGGGUCUGCAGGUUGCUCCCGCUGAGCUGGAAGCUCUGCUUGUAUCUCACCCGAGCCUGAUCGAUGCCGCAGUCAUUGGAGUGCCGGAUCCUAGAGAUGCUGAGAACGAGGUCCCACGGGCGUACGUGGUGGUCAAGCCAGGUAUGGACGCAAGUGAGGACGAGAUCAAAGCCUUUGUUAGAGAGCAUCUGUCAUCGCAUAAGCAGUUGCGAGGCGGAUUAGCUUGGUUGGACGAGGUGCCCAAGUCUGCCAGUGGGAAGAUCUUGCGGAGGGAGCUGAGACUUCGAGCAGCAAAUGAGUUGAAGACUGCCAAAGCGAGACUCUGA